GUAGUACGGUCAUUUAGAAUUGAACUCGAUCCCCUUCACUUUACCGCCUGAGAGAGAGCUGCUCCUACGGCGGUCCUUCCAUAACGCUUUGAUUUAUUUAUUUGUUUAUCAGUAUCACCUUCUGUUUGGUUGCAAAGAAACUCAAGGAAAAAAAAAUAGUAAUAUAAAUAAGAAGAUUUUUAUUUAUGGGAGGCACUGAAGAAACAGUCUCCACUCAGUAUGCUCCAAAAAUGGCUGGAACUGUUAACUGGGGUACGGCGACUGUGGUUGGAGUAUUUGCAGGCAUGUUGUAUGGAGGUAGCAAGGAGGCAGCUGCAUCUGUGAGCAAGGAUGCAGAAGUGAUGUUAAAGCUUGGGAGCACUCCAGAUAAGCGUGAACAGCAUAGAUUAAUGAGAGAUGCAAUGGAGAAAAGGUUUAUCCGAGUGACUCGCGGUUCCAUAGUUGGUGGAGUACGACUUGGAAUGUUCACCGCUGAAUUCUAUGGAUUACAAAAUCUACUGGCUGAGAAACUGGGGGUGCAUGGUAUUUAUAAUGUUGUCGGAGCUGGAUCUGCCACUGCUGCAACGUUUGGUUUAAUUAUGCCUGGCUCUCUUCGGUGGCGUGCAAGGAAUGUGCUGCUUGGAUUAUUUAUGGGUGCAGCAUUCUGUUUUCCUCUUGGGUGGAUUCAUUUGAAGCUUGUAGAGAAAGCAAAUGAAGGAAGCUCGGGGGAGAGGGGAGAAGCAAAAAGUGGUGUUGGGGCUACAAUUGAGAGGCUUGAAGGAAACUUGAAAAAAAAAAUCUGAAGGUUUCUAGAUUUCUCAUUUCCCAUGUAGAUUUACAGGAAAGCUUUUGCCGUGUGCCUAGUUCCCUGAUCUUGUGGCCACCCUUUAAAAUAAAGUAAUGCUCAAUCACUAUGUAUAUAUGAGAGAUGUUUGGAGGUCUCUUUUUCGAGAUCUUUUUUAUUUUGUUUUUUCAAUUGCUUAGGAAAUUAGAUUGACUUCAUUUUUAUUUUACUUCUGAACUAUCCUUGGAUUCUGCUGAUAUAAAUGCAUCAUCAAAGCUGGAGAUUCUAAUUUUUUUA